UUAUUGUAAUGUUUUUCAAGGCUGGCAAACUCAUCCCUUUCCUCUACGCAAUAUCUUUCUUUCUCUCUCCUAAAUCUUCUGUGUUUCGUUGUUCUGCAGAAGCCGCCAUUUUUGCUUUUGCUUAUUCUUACUUCGUGUUUGAGAUCUACUCUCUCUCAUUUUAGAUUUGUGAACUUGCGCGGCAAUGCGAAAGGUGGAUGUAUUGAGUAGAAUAAGUUGAGAUUUCGGUUUUCAGUGGAUGAAUUUUUGCUGGAGAAGAUAAAAAUGGUUCUUUUAUACUAUGUCAUUAUUGCACUGCCGUGCACAGUUGGAGCAAUUGCUCUGGCGAUUUUUCACAUAUACCGGCAUCUCGUAAAUUACACGGAACCUACAUUCCAGAGAUAUAUAGUUCGUAUCAUCUUCAUGGUUCCGGUCUACGCGCUGAUGUCUUUCUUAGCCUUGGUCAUGCGUGAUAGAGCGAUAUAUUUUAAUUCUCUAAGAGAAAUAUAUGAAGCUUGGGUUAUAUAUAAUUUUUUAUCCCUCUGCUUGGCAUGGGUGGGUGGACCUGGGGCCGUUGUGCUAAGUUUGAGUGGACGAGUUUUGAAGCCUUCAUUGUGUCUGAUGACAUGUUGCUUUCCUCCUAUACCGCUGGAUGGGCGUUUCAUUCGGAGGUGUAAGCAAGGUGGUCUGCAGUUUGUCAUUUUGAAACCCAUUUUGGUGGCUGUUACAUUUAUACUCUAUGCAAAGGGAAAGUAUGCAGAUGGGGACUUCAGUGCUAAUCAAUCAUAUCUCUACCUCACCAUUAUAUAUACCAUCUCAUAUUCUGUUGCUCUCUAUGCAUUGGCCUUGUUUUAUUUGGCAUGCCGAGAUCUUCUUCAGCCUUUCAAUCCUGUUCCUAAAUUUGUCUUGAUAAAGUCCGUUGUCUUCUUAACAUAUUGGCAGGGUGUCCUGGUUUUUCUUGCUGCCAAGUCUGAAUUCAUAAAAAAUUCGGAGGAUGCUGCCGACUUUCAAAAUUUUAUUAUUUGUGUUGAGAUGCUCAUGGCUGCCAUUGGUCAUUUUUAUGCUUUCCCUUACAAGGAGUAUGCUGGUGCAAAUAUCGGAGUCUCUCGUGGUUUGACAAGCAGCCUUGCACAUGCAUUGAAAUUGAAUGACUUCUAUCAUGAUACAGUUCAUCAGUUUGCCCCAACUUAUCAUGAGUAUGUACUCUACAACCAUGGUGAGGGUGAAGAAGGGCCAAGGAAGUACAGGUCACGUACUUUUGUGCCUACUGGACAGGAGAUGGAUGCUGUAAGAAGAAAUAAACACUUGUAUGGGAACAAGCUGGAUGAUAUUCAACUCUCUAGCCAGUCAUCUUCUGCCGUGAGCAGUCCCGAGAAUCCUGUGGUUGGACAGAAUACAACAAAUUCAGAGAAGAUGAAUACUUCUCUUCUUGUUGAUACCUCAAAUUCUUUGUCGGUCUCAUAUGAUAUGACACUUAUUGAUCUAGACCUUCCCAGUUACCCUUCAAAUGUUCCUGCAGUUAGUGAGACGACAAAAACAUGACAAGUCUGAAACUGCCUGCUGGUAGCUAGCCAGAUAUUGUCGCACGUUGUAAGCGCCUUUGUUUUGAGAUCAAAACCAUCAAUGACAAAAUAGUGUGAAUAUAUAUUACCUGAAAAGCUUGCAUGGUCUUUGAUUCAAAAGGUAGGAUUUGAGUUGCAAUGUACCUGACUACCUUCUGCUGCCAUGGUUUCAUGGUCUUCGAGCUUUGUAAGUGAGUUAGGCUAGAUAUCUACACCUUGUGAAAAGAGUGCAAUGGUCUUACUUUUCUUCUGGCAUCCCUUAGUAUAGGGAAAUAGGUAAAAAUUUGAUCCCUAUUAGAUAUCUUAAUUGUUUGUUGUUUAUGAAAUUUCGUAGUACGGCCAAGCUAUUCUUCGACGAUGAUCCCUUGGUGUUUGUUGGAUCAGUGCGUAAGAUCUAGCUCUCUUCCCUCCCUCUUAAUAGAUAGAUUUGCACGGUUUUAUCA